GAAUCUCUUACUCAAACCCACCAUGAAUCACGACGAUUGGCUUCAGCAUUUGCAAACACCUGUGGGCAGCAAGCGACCUAGCCCCUCUCCGGCUGACGAAGAUCGAGAAGUCAAAAAAUCCCGUACACAGCCUUAUAUCAACGGCCCAGACCACAACAUUCUCAACAAUGAGUUGCCAUUCGCUUCUUACGAUGAUUUCUCUUUCCCAUCACAAGAUCUCUAUCACGAAUAUGAAAAUGAGUUUAAUAAUGGCUCUGGAAGCCAGUUCGACAACUUCACUAGCGGCGAAGUUUCAAACGUAUCGUUCCAUUCAAUGGAAAGGGGACAGCACAUGCUGGCAAAUACCUACGACUCCGUACCGUGCACCGGUGGAGGGCUCCCAACCUCGAAUUUAGGGGUGUCUGAGCUCCUUGACCGGUCACACUUGGAAUUACCGUCGAUCGCCGAGCCAUGGCCUGGAAAUUUGCCAAACCAGCUAACCCCUAUCAAUUCCUUCCUUCGAUCAUCAGACCGACUCGAUAUCUCUAUGGGUAACACUAUGCACGGCAUUUCGACUACAAGUAGACCUUUUGAGGAAACACUACCUCUCAUAGGCUUCAGUGGCCUGGAGGGUUUAAGUGGAAGUUACUCGCAAGGACACACACACACCCCGGAUGUGCUCUCCAGAGUCGAUGUAUCACGAAAUGGCCAGCUGGUAUUCAGUGAGUCCCCAGUCAAUCAACCGUUCUCACAGAUUCCAACUGCGUUACUCUCGGCUGAGUCCAUGGAUGUCUGCUGCGACUAUGAUACUUGUUUUGGAGUUGUAAUAACAGAACUCACCUCUUCCUUUGCGCUGGAGAAUGGGACUCAUUCUGUGCCUGUGAAUCUGAAACCAUUCGGAGGAAUCUUCAUGCUUCAGAGUCAGAACUCUGGUGCACACGUCGGUAUUCUAAGUAACUCUGGGCUCGUCAACGCACUUCGGCAGCUUCGCCUCAAACUGGAUGCCACGGUUCGCAUCUCCGAGAUCAAGGGCAUCAGAGAAUCAGGCAAGCCAAAGAUGAAGAAAUUUGCCCCUGCGACAGCAGCCCGAGAGUACAGUAUACGCAUCAUCCUGUACGGUCUUCGGGAUGACAAGGUGGCCAUGGGGAGCCUUCUUUCAGACGCCGGCUUCUUUCUGCAGCAUCCUUAUGCCACUGAAAUCAUAUCCGAAGUCCAAUAUGACAAUCCCCAUUACCUUCUUCGUCCCGGCGCAGAAAUGCCAGAACUCGAGCAUUUGCAUCUAGACAUCGUAGACCAUAGUUCCGCCCAGACUGAACCAGGGAAUGAAAUAAGCAAGAGUCGCUUUCUAAAAAUUUUCGAAACCGCGGGAGCGGAUUGGGGGACAGUGACUGCACCGAACAUGUCACUGAGUCCGCGGCUUCGCUCACCACUCAUGAGUCAUCAAAUCACAGCGCUAGCUAUGAUGCUGGAGAAGGAGAGUGGCUAUGUUGAGCAGCCGAUGUUCCCGUCGCUUUGGAGAAAGGAACUUAGCGAGAACAGCAAGAUCAUGUAUUAUCGCCAUACCGUUACGAGGUCCCUUGAGCCUAGGCCUAUCCCAGCUAUGGGAGGAAUACUUGCUGAUGAUAUGGGCCUUGGGAAGACAUUGAGCGUGUUGGCGCUGAUCUGUUCCUCUGUAGACUUUGAUUCUACAACCAUUAGUCAUUCUAAGAACGCAAUGUAUCAGGGCACGCUUAUUAUUGCACCAAAGUCCACUAUAUACGGCUGGGUGGACCAGAUCUCAGAACACAUCCACAAAGAACAAAUACGAGUAUACAUAUAUCACGGCUCCGGUCGAGAAAGUCAUGCCAACCAGUUCCGGGACGCGGACAUUGUCAUCACGACAUAUGAAACACUUCGUUCCGAGUGGGCAGCGUCAAAGAGAACGAGUCCCCUCUAUUCCUGGAACUGGCUUCGGGUUGUCUUGGAUGAAGCUCACCACAUUCGAAACCGUUCAAAACAGGCUUUUCAGUCUGUUUGUGAGCUCACAUCCCGGUAUCGAUGGUGUUUGACAGGAACACCAAUCCACAACUCCCUUGACGACUACGGCGCCUUGCUCAGUUUUAUACGCGUCUUUCCGUUUGUAGAAAGGUCCAACUUCAUGUAUUGGAUCGUUAAACCCGUGGAAGAGGAGCACAAGCUAGGCGUUGAACGCUUGCAGGGCCUUAUUCGGGCAACCUGUCUUCGGAGAACGAAGCAGAAAACCUUGUCCUCCGACCAGCUAAAACUUCCUCCACGUUCUGAAAGAAUUCACGAAGUUCACCUCCAUUGGGAUGAUCAGGUGUUGUAUGAUACUGUUAGGAAGUAUAAUGCAGAAAUAGCUACGUGUGCGGAGAAGCAGCCAGAAAAAGACUCCAUCCCCAAAGGCAAGGAAAAGAACAUAUUACUCCUUAUCAACUCCCUGCGACUUAUCUGCGACCACGGAAAGCAGCUUCUACCCGAAGCAAUAAAAAGAAGAAUGGAGGAAAGCUCCAUUGUUUCCAUUGCUUCUUUUGCUUCUGAAAUGCAACAAGUCUACCAUGUUAGGUGCUCCGUCUGCGAGGGGGAGCUUGACGGCAGUGUCGCUCCGGCAGAUGGCCAAGAUUCCAUAUGCGUCAAUUGUGCAAUUUCAGAGCAAGGAUCGUCAAACACGAACCUGCAAGCCGAUUUCCUGGGCAGAAAAGGCUUGUCAGCUUCCCAAUCAACCAGCUCUGGUUCAGCCAAAUUAUGUCAUCGACCCUCAGCCAAAGUACUGGCAUUGUUGGGGAACCUAGAACAGGAGCGAAGUGCAGCAGGGGCUAACCACAGACCAAGAAAAAGCGUGGUAUUCAGUUGUUGGGUCAAAAUGCUUGAUCUGAUUGAGAAAGCGCUCUAUGAGGCGCGGUUUGGCGUCCGACGUAUCGAUGGACAUACCAGCCUCGAAGGACGGCGAAAAGCCGUGCAGGAAUUCAAUGACAGUCCCGACUGCACAGUGAUGCUAGCUAGUAUCGGCAGUUCCGCAGAAGGGGUUAAUCUUACAGCGGCCAGUAUUGUGCAUCUGAUAGAACCUCAGUGGAACCCAAUGGUAGAGGCACAAGCCGUUGAUCGAGUAUAUCGCAUAGGGCAGACGCAAGAAGUUACAAUCAUCCGAUAUAUCGUUCCCAACUCUGUCGAAACAUAUGUCCAGCAGGUGCAGCAGGAAAAGAUGCAAAUCAUCAAUCAGGCUAUAAAUAUGAAGGGAGUAACAGGGGCCGAUUUAGAAUCCGAAAGAUGGAAGAGAAUGAAAGAGAUGCUAGCAUAGAUAAGUCGGCGACCCACUCGUUAAAUCCACCGCUUGCAUCAGCCGGCUUGCUACAGACCUUAGUGUAUAUGUAAAUUGCGGUUAUGCUGCCAACUGCAUAUAUAGAUUCUUCAUCGUAGCUAGUACUUAGCUAAACUCUACCAAGGUCUUUCCUAUUGAAAAACUGGAAUAAGGCAUUUCAGACAGGAGUAAUACCAUGAAACUUUUCAGUCAGGGGGAGGGGAUUUAGAGAAAAAAGAAGAAAAGCUGCACG